AUGGACGCUUCACGAAAUCUCCUCCACCUUUCUGCUAUCUUGCAAAAUAAGAAUGUACCUGUUUUCAUUGGUUUCGUUCCUGCGGUAGAUCUUCUAAAAUUCGUUAUUACCUGUUUUUAUAAUAUAUAUUUCCAUCCUUUGCGCAGAUUUCCUGGCCCAAAGCUUGCAGCAGCGACUGGAUUGGUAUUCUUAUACAAGCUCAUACGUGGUGAAGAGGUUACAUGGGAAACAGAAACACACAGGAAAUAUGGCGAAGUCGUGCGGAUUGGACCUGAUCGACUAAGCUAUGUAACACCUCAAGCUUGGAAAGAUAUUGCUGGCCCUGGGAUGGGAAAGUGCCUUGAUAACUCAAAGGACAAAUCCACGUUCGGACCUGACUUAUACGGUAUGAGAACUCUUAGCUCCCAGUUUGAUACACUAGAGCAUAGGUCGCAACGACGAGUCUUUGCACCAGCGUUUAGCGAUAGGGCUUUGAAGAUGCAAGAGCCUUUGAUUCUUGAUUAUCUCAAUCCACUAUUAAGAAUUAUUAAGAACUAUGCGGCGAGUAACCCGAUUGUCCGGUUUGAUAUGGUCAGGUUGCUGAACUGCAUGACGUUUAAUGUGAUGGCAGAUCUGACUUUUGGAGAGCCUCUUGGUCUUCUCGAUCAACCAAAGUUAACAUCAUGGGUUCAAGCAGUCUUUGACAACGUCCAGGAAAUGUCGAUUGCACGCGUCGCGCGUGAGUAUCCACUUCUAGCUCGAUUGAUCAAAGUAUUUAACUCGAAAACCAUCAUCGAGGGAGCCCGUCUCCACUACGAACAGUCCUACACACUUGUGGAAAGGCGGCUGGAGCGAGGCAUCAACAUUGGGAAACCUGACAUAUGGAGGCUUGCUAUGGAGAAAUCCGACGGCUUAUCGAGGUUACAAAAGAGGCAGAUGACGACCCACGCACAAGCUUUCAUGAUGGCUGGAACCGAGACUACUGCGACUCUGCCGAGUGGUCUGAUAUUUCUCUUGCUAAAGCAUGCACACUACAUGCAAAGGCUUCAAAAAGAGGUGCUUGUGCUCAAGAAGGAGGAAUUGAGCCCUGAUAAAUUGGCGCAUCUACCUUCCGUAAAUGCAUGUAUCCAAGAGGCUCUCAGAUGCUACCCGCCCGCACCAAUUACAUUCUUCCGUACCACGCCUAAGGGGUGUAAUAUGGUUUGUGGAGAAUGGAUACUAGAAAGCACCCGCAUUGCCAUACACCAUUUCGCUGCUUAUCACUAUCCUUCGAACUUCAAGAAUUCAGAGUGUUUUAUUCCAGAGCGUUGGUUACCUGGAUCGGGCUAUGAUAGUGACCGCAAAGAUGUAUUGAACCCAUUUUCUGUUGGGCCACGCAAUUGUAUUGGCCAGAACUUGGCUGACCAUGAGAUGCGGAUUAUUCUUGCGCAUCUUAUAUGGCACUUUGAUUUCGAGCUCUGUUCAGAGAGAAUAGCCUGGCUAAAUCAGGAACAUCGAUUCUUGUGGGUUCAAUCUCCACUUAUCCUCAAGGCCAAAUACGUUAGAUAA